AACCAAUCGGAAUCCGCAGCUCUUUAGCGGGAGAAAGCCUCUGUUUUGAGAAUAAACCUUCGAAAAAACAACAUUUAGACUUUUAACAGUUCAGAUUUGACAUCGCCAAUAAACUACAUCUCUCCUUGGAUAUCUACAUUGAAACCAUGAGGCGUUCAGGGGCACCUAGUCAGCUCCUGAGUAAUCCAGUGAAAAAGCCCAGAUUUGUGCCUCCUGCAGCAUCGGGGUCUAAUUUCUCUUAUCCCAAACCAUUCACCCCAAAACAAGGUGUCAACGUACUUGAUAAGAUACAAAGAAGUUUGACUCCUGAUGGUCCAAGUAAAGAUGCACUCUCUAAAGAUGCUCCGGUUGCCAUGCCCUUGUCUCGAGCUCUGGCCCGUGUUUUAAGCGCAACAGAGAGCAAAGAAAAUGAUGUCUUUGAGAAUCCUGAUACACCUGAGCACAGCGAAGGACCUGACGGAGCGGUAAAUGACGCUCAAACUCCCGCUGCAGACCCGCGCACUGCCUGCGCACAGGAUGGUGUGCGCUAUUUCAGUGUGAUGUGGUGCAAAGCCAGUAAGAAGAAGCACAAGCGCUGGGAGGGGGAUGCAGUCCUUGUGACCAGAGGACGCACCGCGACCCUGAAAGAUAUGGAGGGCAAAGAUAUAGGAAAGGGUAGUGGCUACAAGGUGUCAGAGUUAGCCACCUUGUGUGAGGGUCAGACUCUGAUGAUCGGAGGAAAGGAGGUGGAGGUCAUGGGGGUGAUUUCUGCUAAAAACUUCGCUCGCGGGCGCUGUUUUCAGGACGUUCAAGUGGAGAUAGAUCAGCCGAGACCAGCCCCUCCUUCUGCUCGGGGUUUUGCCUCUAAACCUUUUGCUCCCCCAAAUCGAGCGGGACACGUACCACCUAAACCAGAAGAGGAACACACCUGCAAACCUCGGCAUGACCCUCUAGCACCCGGAGCUCUGGUAAUGCCUCGGCCGUCUCCCAGCCACCAGUGGUCCAACAACAAGUCAGGUCUUCCAGUUGUAGAUGUUGUAGUUGAUCCACACCUCACCACUCACCUUCGGCCCCAUCAGAGAGACGGCAUUCUGUUUCUGUACGAGUGCGUGAUGGGAAUGAGAGCUGCUGGUCGUUUUGGUGCUAUCCUGGCUGAUGAGAUGGGUUUGGGGAAGACACUGCAGAGUGUGGCCCUCACCUGGACUUUAUUGAAACAGGGUCCAUAUGGAGGGAAAGCCAUGGCAAAGCGCACCCUAGUGGUCACUCCCGGUAGUCUUGUACAGAACUGGGGAGCAGAGUUCAACAAGUGGCUGGGUAGAGAGAGGAUCAGUGUCUUCACUGUGGAUCAGGACCACCGGAUAGAGCAGUUUUUGACCUCUCCUCUGCACAAUGUUCUGGUUAUCAGUUACGAAAUGCUGCUGCGGUGUCUAGAACAGGUGCAGAAAGUUGAAUUUGGGCUCAUGAUUUGUGAUGAGGGCCACAGGCUAAAGAACAGCACCAUUAAAACAUCCUCCGCUCUGAGCAGUUUAUGUUGCCAGCGCAGGGUUAUUCUAACAGGUACCCCAGUGCAAAAUGACCUUCAGGAGUUCUAUGCCAUCAUAGAUUUUGUAAACCCAGGGAUCCUUGGAUCCUCUAAUGCUUAUAGAAAAGUGUAUGAAGAACCUAUCCUUCGGUCAAGACAGCCCUCAUGCACAGAGGAGGAAAGAGUUUUGGGAGAAGAGCGUGCCGCAGAACUGUCCCGUCUGACUGGCAUGUUCAUUUUAAGACGAACACAAGAGAUUAUCAACCGCUACCUGCCACCUCGCCUCGACUGGACCCUGUUUUGCAGCCCCUCCCCUCUACAGCACGAUUUAUACAGACAUCUUUUAUGCCACAGAGUCUUCAGGUCCUGCAUUAUGGACAAUGCACAAACUCACACACAUCUGGCAUGCAUUACUGCCCUGAAAAAGCUCUGCAACCACCCUGGGCUACUCUACAAUACUGUCAAGCAAAAGACACACAGUGAAUCCGUGGAAAGCUCCAUAUACGAGGGAUUGGCUGACCUGUUCCCUGAAUCUUACACUUCAGUUGGCCUAAACAUCUCUGAUUCUGGCAAAUUACAAGUUCUUUCAGACCUUUUGGCAGCUAUCAGACAGAUCAGCCCUUCAGACAGGGUGGUUGUGGUGUCUAACUACACCCAGACCCUCGACAUGCUUGAGGAACUUUGCACAUUCAUGGACUACACUUUCUGUCGACUCGAUGGACAGACUCCGACCAAUCAGAGGCAGCGUUUAGUAGACAGCUUCAACAGCCCCUACUCACAGAACUUCCUGUUCCUCCUGAGCUCCAAGGCGGGAGGGGUCGGGCUCAACUUGAUUGGUGCCUCUCAUCUCGUGCUGUAUGAUAUCGACUGGAACCCGGCCAAUGAUAUUCAGGCUAUGGCUCGGGUUUGGAGAGAUGGACAGAGGAAGACUGUUCAUAUCUACCGUCUCCUUACUGCAGGAACGCUAGAGGAGCGAAUAUUUCAGAGACAGGUGUCCAAACAGGGACUUUCGGGGACCGUGGUAGACCUUGGAAAAGGGUCGGAGCAUACCACCUUCUCUACCAGUGAACUACGAGAUCUGUUCAGCUUGACUGACAGCCAGUGCCUUACCCAUGAUCUGCUCAGCUGCACCUGUAGCAUGGACGGAGUAGUUAAUGUUGCAGAGGUGGAGGAGGAGCAGGUGAUGGAGCGGCCUUGUCAGCUCGGGCGCAGAGGAGAGAGACCAACAGCAGCAGCACCUCAGAAGAAUCUGAGCAUGUCUGAGCUCAUGAGAUGGAGACAUUUCUCUGGUGAAACACAUUCUUUCUCUGACCCUUACCUCGACCAGGCACGGGAACACAUCACCUUCGCCUUUCAAACCACUCUCUCUCACAUGACUCAAUGAAUACAACACAUGGGCCAAAAACCAAGCACUAAAACUGUAAGAGACUAAAGACAAUUUUGGUCGACUAAAGAUGUCCUGUGCAUCGGUUAGUGGACUAAAAGGGGGCGGGGCAUUAGAAAAAAACUCUCAAAACCAUCUCUGUAAUUAAACUGACCCAAAGUCCAUGGACAAGACAAGAAAAGUAUGAGUUAGAACUGUCUAUAACUGUCUCAUUCAUGCCUUUAUUCUGCUCUGUUCCAAGUAAAUAAUUUCUAAUACUGAUAAAAUAACUAAUAAAAAUG